AUGGAUUUGAUCCACUUUCCACCUCCUCAUACUGGAACUGAAGUGGCCAAUUUGAUCAAAAAAGUCUUCAAAGCAUGGGACAUCAAAGUUCCGAUCAUUAUCACCGACAAUGGGAGUAAUAUGAUUAAGGCCUUUAAAGAAGUUCGUGCAAACCAUAUAGAAGAAGUGAUCGAAAAUGUGGUUGCGUCCAGUACUGAAAAGGAAACCUCCAGCUUUCGACAACUUCGUCUGCCAUUAUUGGUGAAGUAUCCCGUUUCUUCUGUGACUUUGGCCGCCCGGAAUAACUUCAGAGAGUCGGACAAUGGCACCCAGUUCUGCAGUGCUGAGUUCCGGGAGUUCUGCCGGCGGAUUGGCGUCAAACAAGUUACGUCCAGCCCCGAGUUCGCCCAGUCAAAUGGUUUGGUGGAGCGCCAUAUCCAAACCGUGAAGAGGACUCUCUUAAAGAUGUUUGCAGAGGGAAAAUCGCUGUGGGAGUCAUUAGCGGCCAUUCGAUCUACUCCGGUGUCAUCAACUCUUCCGGCUCCGUCCAUAUUGCUGCAGGACCGUCAUUUACGCGGCAAUCUUCCGUUCCUUCUGGCUGAGUUAAAGCCUAAGUUUGUCCUUUCUUCUCUGGUAAAGAGGGAACUUUCUGUACGUCAAACUCGAGCGGCUUCUCUUCAAGCGGGAUUGCCGAGCGCACGAGCCUCUGCUCUUCGGGUCGGCCAGGUGGUGAGGGCACUGGUGGGACACAAGUGGCUCCGUGGAGUGGUUCACUCAGUCUGCCCCGAGCCGCAGUCAUAUGUGGUUCGCCUAGAUGACGAUCGCUUAUUUCGGCGGACGCGGUGGGCGAUAAACGUCGAUAAUGGAUACGUGAGCCAUCGUUUUCCAAUGGUGUCUGGCUAUGAUGUGUCGCACCCAAUUCCACAUCGUGCUCAGCCAGGUCCGUCGACGGCAAGCUCGGUGCAGUCUCGCCCAACCUUGGCCGCGACGUGUCCUACGCCGGCGGUGCCUCAAACUCUGAUCCAAGUGUGUGCGCAGCCGUCACCCGCCGGUCCGGCCACUCCGUUAUCUCGACUUAGACCCAGCCCUCAUCCAGUCAACAGUGGUUUUCAAUCCCGUACCGCUCCCGCUCGUUUAUUUGGGGCUCAGGUGGGCCCCAAUAAUAUGUCCGAGUCUUCUGAUGCUCCCGCUGUUUUACCGGAGAUUGAACCGUUUGGUACUACAAGAUCUGGCGUCCGUUUUGGAAUCAACAUGAACGCGACCAAGAAUAAAUAA